UAAAGUUAUAUUUAUUUUUGGGGUUAGGUUAUGUAUUUACCUAUGCGAUUAUGAUAUGAUCCAAAAUAAAUAAAAAUAUUUCAUUCGUACCAAUUUCAUUACCUUUUUGAAAGAUUAGACACGAAUGAGAAUAAUUGAAUUUUGUUAUCGUCGCAGUGUUUUAUGAUUGUCCUUGUAAAAGUACAAUAGUGUUUAUUAGAACUUAGAAAUGUCCGACAAACAGAAAACCUUGAUAUGUGGCGAUGUGAAUGGAAAUUUCAACACCUUGUUUUCGCGCGUAGAGUCUAUUGUGAAGAAGUCUGGUCCAUUCGAUGUCUUAUUGUGCGUUGGAAAUUUCUUUGGUGAUGAUAAUUCACAGCUAGAUGCUUACAGAAUGCGCACUAGAACAGUGCCUGUAACAACCUAUGUCUUUGGACCCUGCAAAAGUGAACAUGUAAAUUUAUAUUGUGAAGAAGGCUCUGAAAUUGCACCUAAUAUUAUUUAUAUGGGUAGAAGAGGCAUUUUCACUACUAGUUCAGAUGUUAAAAUUGCAUAUCUGACGGGCUUGUCUCGUCGAGAGCUGGGUAAAGAGAUACCAAUGUGCACAUUUGAGCCCAGUGACUGCAGUGCAGUGAGGGAUGCAUGCUUUCGAGGACAGAGUGAAUAUAGAGGAGUGGACGUCCUAAUUACUACUCUAUGGCCAGCAGGAAUACAACAGGAUGAGACUCAAAAGAUAGAUAUAGAACAGGAAAGCCUAUCAGAUCUGUUGGCCUGGCUGGCUAUACAUGUGAAGCCACGGUAUCACUUUGUUCCAUCAAAAGAUAAAUAUUAUGAAAGGCAGCCGUACAGGAAUCAAAGUAUGCACCAAGACUACAGAGAAGGCGCGACUCGGUUCAUAGGUUUAGCUCCGGUGGGCAACAAGUCCAAACAGAAGUGGAUCUAUGCCUGCUCACUACAGCCCAUCUCCAAGAUGAGGAUGACAGAUGUUCUACAAGCGACCACAGAUGAGACAAUCUGUCCUUACAGCCCAGACCUCUUGAAGCAACACCAACCUGGGAAAGUUGUCAAGUUUACAGGCAAUGGACAAUUUUUCUUCAACAUGGAUGCUCAAGAUGACGACCAUGGCAAGAGGAAACGACAGUCAGGGGACAAUCCAGAGAGAAAGAGGAAAGAGAUCGAUCAAGACACCUGCUGGUUCUGCCUGUCGUCGCCGUCCGUGGAGAAGCACCUGGUGCUCAGCGUGGGCGCGCACUGCUACCUGGCGCUGGCUAAGGGCCCGCUGGUGCCCUACCACGUGCUCAUACUGCCCAUCACUCACCAUCAGGCUUUGACUAGGGCCCCGGACGAAGUGGUAAACGAGAUAAAGAAGUUUAAAGAGGCCCUGAAGCAGUUCUACUUGUCAUUGGACCAGCUGGUGGUGUUCUUCGAGCGGAACUUCAAGACCACGCACAUGCAGAUACAGUGCGUGCCCGUGCCCAAGUCUACUUCUAUGCAGAUAUUGGAGGUGUUUCAGGACGAGGCGGGCAUCAACAGCAUCCAGCUGGAGGUGCUGCCGCCGUUCGCGCAGCUGGCGCAGCUGGCGCUGCCGGGCGCGCCCUACUUCCACGCGGAGCUGCCUUCCGGCGAACAGAUCUACGCGCGCCCGCAUAAACAUUUCCCGCUGCAGUUCGGAAGGGACGUGUUAUCGAGCGCGCCGAUAUUAAACUGCGAGGAUAAGUCAGACUGGCGACAAUGUCUGCUCAGCAGAGAGGAGGAGAUCUCGCACGUCGCCAGCUUCCGGGAGAAGUUCAAACCUUUCGACUUCUCCGCGGAUGUGGACAGUGACAGUGACUGAAUGUCUCCUUGUAUGUUGUAUGUGGUUCUUUUUUUCUUGUGUUAUAGAUUACGUAACACGUACACGUAUUUUACUAUAAUAUUUAUUAAACUCCACGAGUACACUGUAUCACUGCUCAAUUCUAUCUCUUUCUUUUUCAACCUCGCGUGUUCACGGGCUGUGUAAAUAAAAUUUAAGAUUUGGCUGCGAAUUUACAACCGGCCGCCUGUCUGACGUAGCCCUCUUUGGGGGUACUAUCUUUGUCUAUCAGCUGCUAAGGCUGAGUUCCUUAGUCGUCUCGCAUGACAUCCACGGGAGGUUAUGGAGCAGUACCUAAUUCAAGUAUUUGCUUGAAGCUUGAAAACUACCACCCUCUAGCAAUUACAUAUCUUAUACUUUAUAUGUUUUUGUAUUAUUAUUGAAAUGUAUUAAAAACGUUUCAUUGAGACUUAGUAAUCACAUUAAAAGUUAUUGUUAAUUACUCUUCAAUCUCACUUUUCCAAAUUGGACCAGUCUUUUCUAAAUUGGUUAUGAUAGUGAAUGAUGUGUAUAUUUGUGAAUAAUGGGAUUCUAAUAUAACGAUGGACACCAAUUUAAAUCCAAGAACUUGUGAUAAGAAAUCAACAAUUAUUUUUAAGAAAGGAUAAAUAAAGUAACGCUGCCGUAAA